AUGGUCAACGAUUGUUGCGCAAGCGUUGGUCUCACGCUGGCAAGAGAGAAGACGGAAAUAAUGCUCAUCACUGGGAUGCGGGUGACGAGAGUGAUCGGAAUCAACUUAAGUACCUCGAACAUCGAAACGGUCGAGCGGAUAAAAUACCUUGGUGUCACGAUCGACACAUACAGGACAUUCGACAAGCCCAUAGAAACGGUUUGGAGUAGGGCCGACAAGAUGGCCAGAGCCCUCAGGGGCAUCCUGCCGAACAUCAACGGGCCGCCCAGCUUGGCUCCUAGGCUCUACUAUAACGUAUGGGUGUCUAUCGUAACCUAUGGUGCAGCGGUGUGGGCAGGCACAGCCGAAAUAGGAAAAAACAGGAGGAUGUUGAAAAGGGCGUAA